CACCAUCACAACUAUAUCCCCUCCCUCCUCUCUUUUCCCCUGAGUAUCUCUCCCGGAUCACCGGCUACCGCCCAGAAUGCCUCCCCGGAAGCAGUGGAUCGACAAGAAACAAGCAACUACCUACCAACUCUUCCACCGUUCCCAACAUGACCCUCUCAUUCACGACCCCUCCGCUGAUGACCGCGUUCUGCACCCCGUCUACGGUCCCCCCAAAAACGCCCCAAGUGAAUCUUCCUCCGCCUCCAAGCACCGCGGCCAAAGUCUCGCCGAUCUAAACCAAACCUUUGGGACAGCCGCGCGCAAAAACGAAGGUGAAGCCGCCAACUACGGCAUUUACUACGACGACUCGCAAUAUGACUACAUGCAGCACUUGCGCGAGCUGGGCACCGGCGCCGGCGACGCCUACUUCGUCGAAGCCAAGACGAAGGGCAAGGACAAAGGCAAAGGACUGAAGUUGGAGGAUGCUUUGAAACAGGUCUCGCUGGACGACGGACGGAGCGAGUUCGGUGGAACCGAAAGCAUGUACAGCUACGACAUGCGCUCGACGGCCUCUUCCUACGUGCGCAAACCCACCUACCAGGACCAGCAGAACGUGCCCGAUGCCAUUGCGGGAUUCCAGCCGGACAUGGACCCGCGGUUGCGCGAGGCCUUGGAGGCGCUCGAGGACGAGGAGUUCGUGGACGAGGACGACGAGGAGGAUGUCUUCGGUCAGUUGACUACGCGGGCAGAGGAAAUGGACCCGGGUGAUUGGGAAGAUACUCUCUUCGACGACGUCGAAGAAGAAGACGAUGGAUGGGAGUCUGAUGCGACAGAAAAAGCCCCCGUGCAGAUGGACACCACAGCUGCGAAGGCCCGCUACCAAGACUCUGAGCAUGAGGACCAGCCCGGCGAGCUUCCCGAACACAACGAGCCCGCCCCCGACAUGCACCCCGAAGACCAAGGCUGGAUGCGCGAAUUCGCCAAGUUCAAGAAAGACGCCAAGUCCGGCAAAGCAGCCCCCGCCGCUCCUCCCAGCGUCGUCCCCUCCCAGCAGGGCAGCACCCUCGCCUCGACCGUCUUCACAGUCGGAGGAACUCCCAUCCGCCGCAAGAAGCGCAAGGGCGCCCUCACUAACCCCUCCGCCUACUCCAUGACUUCCUCCGCCCUUGCCCGUACAGAGGGCCACCGUCUCCUCGACGACCGCUUCGAGCGCGUCGAAGCCCUCUACUCCCUCGACGAGGAGGACGAGUUCGACGACAACAUGUCCAUGGUCAGUGGAAUGACCGGCAUGACCGGUAUGAGUGCCGUGUCGGGCAUUUCGACUGCCUCGUCCCAGGCACCGAGUCUCGUUGAUGCGAACGGCGAGGCGGUCCGUCCUUCCCACAACUUCAACAACAUCAUGGAUGACUUCCUCGCCGGGUGGGACGACAAGACGAGUGCCCAGGCUAAGCGGAAGGGCGCCAAGGCGAAGCGCGGAAAGAACGGUAACGAGGCGAUUGGUAUUCGCAUGCUGGAUGAGGUUCGGCAAGGAUUGGGCCCUGCUAGGGUUCCUGGGAAGGUGUCGGGAAGGGCGUAGUGGAUUCCUGAGUGAGUGGAAUUUGAGUGAUGGGUAUGCUUGAAUGAUUGCAACGAUACCAAUUUAUCUAUCAUUUGGUGGGAAUAAAAAUGCGGGAUUGGCGUUAGGGUGUGUAUGUGUGCGUGAGAUGAUUGCAUUUCUUGCCUGGUGAUAGAC